AUGAAGGGUGUUGACACAUCAAUUUAUGAAGCAUUCCCCAGACCAACUAGAAGAGUGUGUUGCCAACACUUGUACAUGAACUGCAAGGCCAAUAGAUUCAGUGGUUCAGCCUUUCAUAAGCUUUUCUGGAUAGCAGCUGAUGCAUAUAAUGAGUAUGUAUUCAAUAAAGCAAUGCAAAAGUUUCAAGAGUACAAUCCUAAGGUUGUUGAAUACUUAGAGAGCUGCAGUGAGAUCUGGUCAAGGCAUAAGUUUGAUCUUGCACUCUGUUGUGAUCAUAACACAACAAAUUUCGCGGAGUCUUUCAACUCAUGCACCAAGCUCUACAGAGAUCUACCUGUUGUGAAAAUACUUGAAGCUAUAAGGCAAUGGGGCAUGAAGAGGAUUGUCUCAAGGUUUGACAAAGCCCUAAGCAUGGGGGAUAUGGAGCUGACUGAAUAUGCAGCCAAGAUUCUGCAAACAAGAUCAGAUGAGUCUAGGUUUUGCUAUGCAACUACAUGUGGUGGUGAUGAGUUUGAGGUGAGAGACCAACAUGUGCAUUUUCCCAUCAAGCUGAACACUGGCAGUUGUGGUUGUGGGAAGUGGCAACAUUCAGGACUCCCAUGCAAACAUGUACUAAGGGUGAUUUACCACCAGAGGCUGCAACCUGCAGACUUUGUAGCCCCUUGUUUCAAAGGGAAGGCAUACAAGCUAACUUAUGCAGAGCAUAUGCACCCAAUGCCUACCCAACUCAAUGGCCAUCACUGA